AUGAGUAAGGCGAAGCCUUUUUCAGAUGAGAAAGGGCAUAAUGAGUACAAGUAUACACAAGAGAUAUCCCAAAUGAUGUUCGUGUUCGGAGAGGUUCAGGAUCCGAAUCUUGUUGCAGUUAACCUGGUUGAAGACAUCGUCAGAACCCAGGUUCUAGAAAUCGUUAUCCAAGCUCGAUUGAUGUCGGCUAAACGAGGCGCAAGACACAUAUCCCCUGAAGACCUGAUAUUCAUUAUCCGAGACGAUAAAGCAAAAGUAAAUCGCCUCAGAACCUAUAUGAGUUGGAAGGAUGUCCGAAAGAAUGCAAAAGAGCCCGGAGGCGAUGGGAAGGCUGAUGUGGACGACGCCCUGGAUGACGGUGCCGACGAACCCAGCGCUACGAAAACUCGAAAACGCAUCAUCAAACUUUCAUGGGAUAUUACGACAAUAUAUUCGGACGUAUUCAAAACGCUAGCUGCUGCCAACCCGGGCAGACAUAUCGGUCAUUCUGAUGACGAGGAUGAGGAUGAGAUGGAGGCUCACGAGGACAGCGUGAAACGUCUCAGGGAUGCGGAUGAGGCGACUCGGAAUAUGACAAAGGAAGAAUAUAUGCAUUAUUCAGACUGCCGACAAGCCUCCUUCACCUAUCGCAAAACUAAGCGAUUUAAAGACUUCCUCAAUCUCCCUCAACAGCUUGAAUUACGAUCGGAUGACACGAUUGACAUCCUUGGCUUCCUCGCCUUCGAAAUCGUUCGCGCUCUUACACUAGGCGCUCUCGAAGUGAAACGUUCGCUCGAAGAUGCCGCAUACACGAACAAGCGCAAGGCACCUGUUCAAGGACCUACUUCAGGCGCAUCCCCUUCCAUGCGAGCCUCGAAACGACUGCGAGCAGAUGGGACGGAACUCGAAGACAACAUGAAUGAGGCUCCUUGGGGUGGUGCUCCAACCCCAACUAGUUCUCUCUUUCUUGCGCCACCUGAAGCGCGGACUCCCUUAACUCCGCAACACAUUCAAGAUGCAUUCACGAGAAUGCAACGAGACCAAAGCCAAAUCAAGCGAGCUGGUAUGCGGAACUGGAGAGGUGGACUUGUUCGAACUCGGAUCGGCCUUAUUUGA